CUAGGACGGCCCUCCUUGUCUUUCGGGUCCAUAACAAACAAGUCGCAGAUAAGGCACCCAGAUCAACCCUCCGGUGGGCAGUGUCCUCUAAAACCUUUCAACGUGACUGUGUUUAUUUCCACGGGGCUGCCAGCCAGGUUCAGCUUCUUUUAUUCUUAGGACUGGAUGAAGUGUGCACAGUUUGCGCAUUCAUUACAGAGACGGGAAAAGCGACUUUUGUAAACUCACAGAAACUGACGCCGAUGGGACAUGGCAAUGGCCUCUCCAUCCACAUCAACAGCAGUACCAGCGCCCACAUCCGACUCCGAGCUUUCCUGCCUUGGUGGCAUUGAGGCCCUGAGGCUGAAGGUGGGGCCGGUGCGCAGGAACCUCUUUGGGCCCGUAGACCACCAGCAGCUGCAGCAGGACUUCCAGAGGCUGCUCUGCAUGAAUGUGGAGGUAGCCAACAAGCGCUGGAACUUUGAUUUCCAGAGCGACAGACCUGGGCAGGGCUCCAGCAUCGAAUGGGAGGAGCUUAGCUGCCAGGAUGUGCCAGUGUUUUACCGCAGCUGCAUGGUGAGGCCGGUGGCGCUGCCUAGAGUGGCAAAGAGUGUGAGGAGGGGAUCAUCUUCAUCAAGUGAGGGUUCCCCAAUGUCCAGCAGUUCUUCUGGGUCUGGGGAUGAGUACCUGGAGGUGACCGCCAGGGGGUGCUAUCGGCUCCGACACACAAGCAAGCGUAGACAGUCUGCCAUUACAGAUUUCUUCAAAGUAAAGAAGAGGAGACUCUUACAUUACAAAGAAUCUUCACGGCAGUAGAAAAGCUUAAUGAGACACAGUGGAGGAUCACCUAGUGGUCAACAUCCCUUUCCCAUCACCUCGUGUAAAUAUAUCUCAUAUAAUAUGUAUAUAUGUAGCAAUGUACAACUGGCUGUCCACAAGCUCACACAGCAUGGGCUUAAAAACUCCUUUGACACCGCAUACCUUUAACUUUUUCAGCACAAGGAAGCUACCAUUUUCCUACUUAAGCUCAGAAUUUGCAAACAGUUUUGUAGAUACUUAUAAAUAUUCUCUAUAUUGUUUAUACUAUUUUUUUCAGCUUUUGACUAUACUGUGAAAUAAUUUUAAAUGCACUCUUUUAGAAAAUUACAGAAAAUGGGCUUUCUUCCUAAGACAUUUGUUAUCGUGGAUAGCUUUUGUCUCUGACCUCAGUCCUUGACCUUUUUUUUUUUCUUUCUUGCUAAAGUCCUAAGAGGUUAUGAAUAGAUGAGUUUCUAUUCCUGGCCUCUCCACACUUAGCCUUCAGUAUCACCCUAUGGCUCCAAAAUCCUGUCAGCGACAGGAGUCGAGCUACGGGUCAAAAGCUCACCCAGGGUUAACAAUUGGCGGCGAGACUAUGAUUAGCUCCAGGUUAGAGGUCAGCGGUGGAGGUUAAGUGAUGAGGUAAUGUGGUCGUAGCGGUACAACCACGACUUAAAUUCAGUGUAAUAAUAAUAAUAAUAAUAAUAUUUCAUAUGUGACUAUUUAUUUAUUAUCCUUGGUGCUAGAUCACCUUCAAAAUAAAACAAAAAUAAAAAAAGAGCAAUGUGUAAAGCGAGGUAAGAUAAGGUGUUUGCGGAAACCUGUGCCAUUGCCCCUAAAUUAUGCCACAAGUCAACAUGGCUUAUAUACACUCCACCGUUGCUACCCAAAAACGUAAGAUAUCAGAAUAUUAUUAAAUUGCAAUUUUUGUUUAGUUGUACUUAUAUUGGGCAUAUUGGGGUUUGUAAAAUCAGCAUUUUUGGCAACAGAUCAGGCCUUAUGAGUAUUUAUGUUUGUUUUUCUCAGCUUUAUGCUUUUAACAAUGUAGCAUCUCCACUCUUUUUCUUCAUGCGACUUGUGCGUUUUGAACACACCUCUUUUCUCCAUGAAGGGACUGUAGUGUUUAUUACUGUGUUGCAGCUCAGAGGAAUCAAAACUGGUUCUGCUUGUGUAGAUUUUAUGAAGAGUUGAGCUGUGUCACAUAUUCUGUCGCUGUGCAGUUAUAUAUAGGCCGAUGCAUACAUGUCUGUGUGUGAAUGAGUCAGUGGGUUUUUUUUGUGUUUUUUUCUUUCACAAAUUGUUAGUGUUGUGGCAGUUGAGGCAGUUGAACCAAAGGGGAAUCCUUUUGCCAUUUAAAUACAUCUGCUUGAUUGAUUCUGCGCAACAGACAAAAUAAUUUGGAAAGACUUUGUGGAAAUACAGCUUCUAAAAGCAUGUUAUCUGAUUUUCUGAGGUCCAUAACUGCUUGGUGACAGGAUGUGCCUAGUUUAUUCCAUAAAUACAUUUCUUCUUUGUUGGAUAAUUGGAUAAAAAGCCAUAUUAUGGAUUAAUCCACUUCUACUACCUCAUAAAACAAAUCAAGAAAACAUACAAGUUAUUAAAAAAAACAGCAAAAUUUAAAGUAAAAAAAAAUACAACCAGUCUAGCUCAGGUUGUUUGUGUCUACAAUCACAAAAAAAGAGACGGAGAGACAAACAUGAUGUGUGGGAACAUAUUCUGUUGUGGUAAAAGCUCUUGAGGUUCAGCGUUGCGUUUAGGGUUUCACAUCAGGUAAAAGAGUCAGUGUGUCAGAGCGGGGCCCAGUGCUGUGCAGAGGAAACGCCGGUCCCUCAGGGGAACCAGACAGCUUUUGUCGUUUCUCGCUCUGGUUCUGCCCCUCUUUACCGCUUUCCCAGAAAUAGACAGAGCAGGGAACUCGAGGGGGGAAGGACGAGGAAAAGGGACGUACGUUAACAGAGAACCUUCACCAGAUCUGUCUCAGACCCCUGGUGGAUCAAAGGAUUUCCCAAACCAACAAGUGGCCUGAGCCUCAGACACACACAUGCGUUUGUCUCCUUUAAAGUCUCUCAGUCUCUUUUUCAUGAACCAACUGCCUCAGUCUCUGCAAAAAACUGCAGUUUUUCAUCAUCAUAUUAACUCAGUGUUGGGUUUUUUAUGGUUCUACAAGGCUAUUUUUUAACAGUGCUUAAAAAUAGCAAACACAGCUGAUAGAAUUAUAUAUGUAUAUGUGUCCAUCUAUGUGUGUGUGUGUGUUUGUGUGUGUGAGACAGUGUUUGUGCCUAUCUCUUCAUCAUAUCUAAGAAGAAACUUUCAAAGUCUAUAUUAACUUAUUUUGAUUUUGUAUCAUAUGUUUUAUAGGGAUAUAAUUAUAAAUUCCCUUGUUUUUGCUACAACUAAUUGUGUUGUUUCUGAAAUUAUAUCUUUGCACUACUUUAAACAUUGUUGACAAGAGAACUAUUUUUAUAUAGUAAUCUUUAAAAAAAAAAAAAAAACAAAUCCUCAGAGAGGGCAUAGGUUUAGAAUUUUUUGGUAUUUGCAAUUAAACUUUUCCGUCCCUUCCAACACACUUGGGAAGAUGUGUUUCAAACACUUGUAACUCAGUUUCUGUAGGAUUUUCAUCACCUCAUUUGUCUUCCUCAAGUCAUGUGGGAGGAAAAAAUUGCAAAAUGUCAAGAUGGAUCUAUUCGUGCCUGAGCAAACUUUGCUUUCCUAAUUUACCUGUCGCAGCUAUAUCAAAGUGUAGUGUUGUUUUUGUAACUUUGUAUAUGCAUGAAUGUAUGAUAAUCUAUAUAUACCUUUUGUAAUAAUUCUAUUGUAAUUUAAUACUGGUUUAUGUACCCUUGCAACAUGUCAGAAGUGUAAUUGUUUGGGAUCAGGAUCAUAUCUUUUUGAUAGUGAUAUUUGCUUAGAAAAUAUAUGCGAUUCAUUUGCUGGGAUGUUGGUGCACUGUUGCCUUUUAUAUCACUGAUUUCACAUAGUGUGCUCAAAAUAAUAAAAUGUUCAUGAACAAAAGUAUCCCAA